AUGGACCAGAUCAAGAAGCGCAUGGAAGCUCUCCGCAUCGAGGCGGACGAGAGCAGCACUCGCGCAGAGGAGCUCAAGGCCAAGCUCAAGCAGCUUGAGUCAGAGACGACACAGAAGGAGCAGGAGAUCACAUCCCUGACGCACCGAAAUCAGGUGCUGGAGGCUGAUGUCGAGAAGCUUGAAGCGCAAGUCAAGACCUUCAAGGACGAAGCCGGUGCAGGCGCUCAGGCCGGCUCCCAGGCCGAGAGCCUCCAGCGCAAAAUCCAAGUUCUUGAGGAAGAAGCUGAGGAGUCGGACAGGACCAUCCGCGAGCUCAACGAGAAGCUCCGCCAAACCGACGUCAAAUCCGGCCACUACGAACGCAAAGUACAAGCCCUCGAGCAGGACCGCGACCAGUGGGAAAGCAAGUACGAGGAGAUGGCUAAGAAGUACAACGACACCAAGAAGGAGCUCGACGACUUUGUCAAGGAGAUUGGUAACAUCUAA